AUGCACAACAAUUCAAGCACGAGCUCUGGUGAAGAACGGCAGGUCUAUGACGAUACUGCAAGCUGUAUUGCCGUAUCGUCUCAGCGUGAAGAUGGUCAUGAACACGAUAUACAGCUUUCUUCGACAGCUGCCAGCACACAAUGGUUUUCUAGCAUGCGAUCACGAAGCGUCUGCGUGCUAGCAGUAGCCCUUGUUGCUCUUGUUCUCUCGUUCCACGUGUCCUCUAAGACUGACUCCCGUCCUUCUGCGCUCUCCUCUGUCAUUCUCUUCCUGUCGCCCAAGAUCGCUCGGGACCUUGAGUUGGCAAAGAGAUCCUCGGAGUCCAACGAGGGGGUGAGGAGGAGGAUCGAUGACGAGGUGAGGAACAGCGAGGAAUGGGGGAAGCGGAAGCUGAGGGACAUGGUGGCGAGACUGUUCAGGGCGAUCACUGCCAUGGACGAGAAAGUGAGUAGACAGCACGACUCGCUGAAGCAGGAGCUCGACACUGUGCGGGCACAAGGGUACACGAAGAAGGAGGUCCAAAACCUGAUUCAAAGCACUCAGAAGGAGGUGGAAGGAAGGAUCAUGGACGCUUCGAAGGAGCUCAACACGGUUAUAUCAGGGGAGAACAACAUCAGGAACAUCAUCAACGGGCAGGAGAGCCUCGACGACAAGCAGCACUCGCACGUGCUGACGGAGGUUGAAAGGAUGGAGGCCAAGGAGAAGCUCUUGGGAGAGGAGAUGGCGGGCAUCAAGGACCGGGAGAGGAAGUGGAUGAUCAAGAAGAGCGACGGAGCUGCGGAGCUUUCGGCAACCGAGGGAUCAGCAGCAAGCAAAGAAAUGCUGCUGAUCCUUACAGGGCUCGGAGUACAGGAGAAGCUUGACGGCUGGUGCAAUACGGAGUCCAAGUGUGAGAUCAAGACAGAAAAGGACGUGAAGCUGCUGGCCAGGUUCGCUGCUGGCAGUGACGACAGCACGUUCAAGUGGAGAUGUUAUGCUCCGUCAAGCCUCACGCCUGAUCUGGGCUCGUAUUCUAAGGGCAAGGAUUACUGCACCAAGGAUAAGGAGCUGCAGGCACAAAUGGAGCAGGCUCUCAAAGCUGUCAGCGCGAGGGAUGUGCAGGAGCAAAACCUUCCUGCGGUGGUCGACCGUCUGCAGAAGAAAUCUUCGAUGCUGGAGCAGAAGCAGAAAUCUUUCGCCGGGAAGCUGAAGAUCGUAGGGGAGGAUCUGAACUUCUUCGAGACCAAGUCCUCCAAGCUCAAGGAGGAGGAGAAACAAUCGACGACGAGCCUGGACCUCAACAAUCAUGCCAUCGCCACCAUCGACAGGAGCGUGGAGGCGCUCAGAGGCAAACUUGCUCAGCUCCAAGCCCAGCUGAAGUCAACAAGCAGCAAUCUCAAAGAGGAAGAAAAGAACAACAAGAAGCAAACGAUCAGCCUCUUGUCCUCACGGGUCAAGAAAGUUUUCAACUCAGCAGAGAAGGACCUCUCGCGCGUUCGGCUCAGCGUCGACCAACUCCAGCAGCAUCUGCUCAACUCAACUCAAUCGCUGGAGCGCAAGAUCGACAAGAUACAGCAAGGAGGCAAACCAAGCGAGAUCCUCUUGAAGCUGUUCCCGCACGGAGCAGGAAAGUUCUCCGUCUCCGGCAUGCAGGUGGAGGAAGCGACUUCGUUGAAGGACACGGCCGCUGCUCCUCCUCCCUCUCAACCUGAUCAUCAGCCUCAUCCACCUGCCACAGCUCGAGCAGCGUCUGCUGCUGCUGCUGCUGUUCAUCCUUCCUCUCCCCGUCGAGCGUCAUACAAUGGAAGCAAGCGCGAUGCUGAGAAGCCUCACUCGGUUGUGCAGCAUGCUGCUGUCAAGCAGGAGCCCAAGGCUUCAACUUACCACCGUCCCAAGGGCUGUCUUAUUCAUCUCUCCGGGGUUGUCCAUGGACUGGAGGCUGGGAAUAGUAUCGAGUGUUGA